UGUGUUUGGUUUCGCUAACAAAGCAGGCUGCAAAAUGUCGGGAGAGGUGUAUCUCCUGUGGCUUCUCUCGCUACUACAGACGCUGUCGGCGUACGGUGCCGAGCUGUCGUCUGAGGCUUGCAGGGAGCUGGGCUUCUCCAGCAACCUGCUGUGCAGCUCCUGUGACCUGCUCGGGGAGUUCAGCCUCACCAAGCUCCAGCCCAACUGCAGGCAGUGCUGCCAGCAGGAGGCCCAGAUGGAAGCACGCAAGCUGUACGCCGGGGCCAUCCUGGAGGUGUGCGGAUGAAAAUUGGGGAGGUUCCCCCAAGUCCAAGCUUUUGUCAGGAGCGACAAGCCGAAGAUGUUCAAGGGUCUUCAGAUCAAGUACGUCAGAGGCUCCGAUCCUGUGCUGAAGCUGUUGGACGACAACGGGAACAUCGCUGAAGAACUCAGCAUCCUCAAGUGGAACACAGACAGCGUGGAGGAGUUCCUGAGCGAGAAGUUAGACCGAAUAUAGACACGAGUCCUUUUUUUUUUUUUUUGUGGUUUUGUUUUUAUUUUUUUAGUUCAAAUAGUUCAGUUCCCUCAAACUAUAAAGACACACAGAUUUGGCUGCUUCUUGUUGAACCCAGCUGUGCAGACGGGUUCUGUUGUGCUGCUCACUGCACUGACGUGUUCAGAUUUAUCAGCAACUUGUCUGUUCCUAAGCCGGCUGCUGCAGGUUAACAAGUUUAUUCACCAGAACUGCUCUCUACUAACAAAACCGUCCACAUGAAAACCGAACAACAAGCACAAUGUUCCCUGAAAGAUCUGUCGAUGGAAACGCAGCUUUUCAAUAUUUAAAAAAACUAAUUAUCUACAUUUUAUUGAGCUCAUUUGGCAGAAAUCACCAAACAGAUCUUCUAAAACUUGAAUCGAAAACUACCCACAUGGCUGGUUCAGAGUAAGCAAACUUGUGUUGUUGUUGUUUUUUUGUAGUUUGUGUGAACUGACGUCUACCAGUUUGUACACAACUGGACCUUGACAGCUGGUUGCUAAAUCACUGCUCUAUAGGACUGUUUUUGUAUCUGAAAAUCAUGAAUUUCUUGUCAGGAUUUUACCAAAAAACAUAAAAACCAUAAUGGCAGAGCCCAGAGGGGCCCAACAAACUCAUCAGUUCUACAUCACGGCUCGCAACGGAUGCAUCCAGUCUGAAGAGCAGUCUUGCACAUCAUGACCUGUUUUAUCGUCUAUCUGUGGGAGUUUCCGUUUCCCCUCCUCGCUGUCUGUCUGUCUGAUAUUCUUGUAUAAUUAUUUUUUUAUGAUGCUGAACAUUGUGACCGAUGGGAUUUGUAGUCGGAGCGAAUGGAUCCUAGUUUGUCCUCGAACGCAGACGUCUUCGCCGACAGACACUUUGGUGAAGACCUCACAGUAAACCAGUGCUGGGAUGUGAGGUCUGAUGUGAAACGUGGUUUCUUUUGUCUCCUGCAUCUUCUGCUUCGAGGACAAACUAGAUUUGUUUUGGAGGAGUGUUUUUCAGCAGGUGAGGUGACGGUUUAAAUAUGCAACAAUAAACAAAGUCUCUGGUA